AGGGCAUGAAAGACUCGGCAAACCUUCCCCGCGAGAGUUCACGGAACGCCACGUGCAGGGAAGAGAGCUCCGUCGCAAUGCGACUUGCUGGAUUUCUUCUUCGUCAACACCAUGGGACCAUGGGUAGGUACAGUGAAGAGUGCCUUGCCUCUUUUUUUCUAUUCUGCUUUUCCAGGGGACCAACGAGUCAACCCGACGCGAGGGAGGCCCUUCCUUGCCUCCGGCCGGUGUCCCAAGUCUGAGCGCCUACCAGAUCUUUAUGCCUCAGGGUGGUAUACACCAAUAGCAUUCGCAGACGGACGAAGACUGCAGUUUCAGGAGUCGAUCUCUUCGUCCAGGGGUCCAUCGGCGGGGCGACGCCGAGGGGGAGAGAGAGCAAGGCUCAAGCCCAGCUGUGAUGGGGAUCUGGGAAGAUCAUGGAUGUUCGAGGCAGGGUGGAGGACACACCUUGGUCUGGGGCGGAAAGCGGGAGGAACGUUUGCCCAGAUACCUACCUACUUGCAAGGUCAGGCAGGCUUGAUGCCGACUUGUCAGUUCAGUAGCCGCAGUAGUUCGUUUGGGAAAGUUGUUGUCAGUGUGGCCGUGGCAGGCAGGAUCUGACAUAACGGGAUCUCACACGAUUUACCAGAGAAGGGCGGACGACGGGCAGACGGGUAGGAACAACCGGCUACAGAGGCAAAGCUCGGUUGCGAGAUGGAGAGAGAUGGACGGAUUCCAUGCAGCUCAAGAGGCUAUGUCGGCGCUUCUUCGUCCACAGACGCGGACUAGAGCAGUCAAGGCAUG